AUGGCGGAGUUGGCUGAGAAGAAGGAACUGGACGUUCCCGCGCAGGGGGAUUUGAAGUCUGCGUCUCGGACGGCCAGUGCUGAGGCGAAUGAGCACCAGGGCAUUAAUGAGAAGGCGUUGCUAAGAAAGCUGGAUCUGAGGUUAUUGCCGCCGUUGACGAUAUUGUAUCUUUUGUCGUUCUUGGAUCGUAGUAAUGUUGGAAAUGCCCGUCUGGAGGGUCUAACGACUGAUAUCAAUAUGACUGGAAAUCAGUACCUGACAGGCCUGACGCUGUAUUUCGUUGGCUACGUUCUGUUUGAGAUACCCUGCAACAUCGUGCUCAAAAAGACCACGCCCCGCAUCUGGCUACCAACUCUUACUUUGGUCUGGGGUAUUGUGGCGACGCUCCUCGGAGUCGUGCAGAACCUGGCCGGGUAUCUCACCUCGCGAACAGCUCUUGGAAUUGCGGAAAGUGGUCUUUUUCCUGGUGUGGUCUUCUACCUGUCCAUGUGGUACAAACGCAAUGAGCAACACUACCGAGUGGCUCUUUUCUUCAGCGCUGCGUCGCUGGCGGGUGCUUUUGGCGGGAUUCUUGCCUGGGGCAUUGCUCAUAUGAGAGGCGUCGGCGGAUACAAUGGAUGGCGAUGGAUCUUUAUCCUGGAAGGACUACUUACCGUGGUGAUGUCUAUCAUCGCCUAUUUCUGGGUCUACAACUACCCUGCCACCGCCGAAUUCCUCAGCGACAAAGAGCGCGCCUUUAUCCAGUUCCGCCUGAAAAACGACAACGACUCCACCCGCGAUGAGAAGUUCAGCUGGUCGGCCGUGGGAGACGCAUUCAAAGACCCUAAGGUGUGGUUAUAUGGUCUCGGAUUCCACACCAUGUCUCUGCCUUUAUACACGCUGUCUCUCUUCCUGCCAACCAUCAUCAAAGAACUCGGCUACACCGCAGCCGAAGCCCAGCUACUCUCCGUACCCCCCUACGCCGUAGCAUUCGUGCUCACCGUCGCCGUGGCCAUCUUCUCCGAACGCACCCGCAUCCGAGCCCCCUUCAUCAUGGGCUCCUCGGCACUCGCCUGCAUCGGCUACAUCCUGCUACUGACCGACCACCGCCCGGGGGUCUCCUACCUGGGCACGAUCUUUGCGGCAGCAGGCAUUUACCCCGCCGUGGCGAUCGUGUUGUCCUGGCCGGCCAACAACGUCUCAGGCCAGACGAAGCGCGCGAUCGCCAACGCCAUGCAGAUCUCGAUCGGCAACCUGGGCGCCGUGCUGGGAACGCAGCUCUACCGCACCGAGACCAGCCCGCGGUAUUAUCUCGGCCACGGGUUCGCGUUGGGAUACCUGGUCGCGAACAUCGCGGUGGUGGGGAUCCUGUGGGAGGUGUUGAAGCGGGAGAACGUGCGCAAGGCGGAGGUGCGUGAACGAGAGGGCCUGCAGGCGCUGAUGGGCGAUAUCGGGGACGCAGAGGGCGAUUUCCAGGGCGAUAAGGACUCGCGGUGGAUAUUCCAGGUUUGA